AUGGAGCUCGCCUGUGAGGACUUUGUUGCCGUCAACGUCCCUGCCAACUUCCAACAACCCGAAGACCUGCAUGAGUACUUUUCACUGCGAGCACCGCCAAACACAAGCAUCUGGCGCAAACCGUCAGCGUCCGAUGACACGAGUGCCCCCAUGAUUCUAAAACGAUUACGUCAAUCCUUCAUUCUGGCGGAAGUAACUGUGUCCGCCGACUUUGCCAGAGAAUUUGACCAAGCUGGCAUCGUCAUUUUCGCUGGCUCGCUUCCUGAUCCUUCAACUCGAUCACCGGUUAUCGCGCGUCGAGUCUCGCGAUACCAAAGACCCGGGAAUGAAGCUUUGGCAACGGGGAAAUGGGCCAAAGCUGGCCUGGAAUUAAUAGAGGGGGAGCUCCAUGCUGCCUCCGUGGUGGCGAUUUCCCCUUGCGGCGCGGAUUGGGCUUCUUCAGCGCGCUUACCUUCGCCACCGACGCCGUUUGGCUCCUACUCACUCACUUCGCACUCCCUCCGCAUUAAACUCGAGCGCGUCGAGGAGUCCCUCUGGAUUUGGUACAAACUACCGGAUCAUAUUGCUCCCUUCGAACAGCCACAUCAUUGUUACCCUGGUCUUGAUCCUCGAUACCAACGGGAGCGCAAUCCGGAAGACGUUGCAUCUGGGUGGAGGAAGAUGCGCGAGAUCAUGGGCUUCUUUGGCGGUGGGUUGGAACAUCAGAAGGGCACGGUCUGGGUUGGAUGUUAUGCGAGCAGACCGAUGGAGUUCGAACCCCGGCAUAGCUGGGAGACAGUCGAUGGUUUGGUUGCGGAGUUUGAGGAUUUGGAUAUCUUAUGA